AUGGGGUUAUUCUUCACAGGGGACGCGGGAAAACCUGGAAUCAACAAGCCAUUCCCAGGCCCUCCUGGUGCUAAAGGAGACCAGGGAGCAGUUGGGAAGACUGGAGCCCAAGGACCACAGGGUCCAAAAGGAGAAAAGGGACGGGAUGGAUCUGGGACAUCAGGGGUGAAGUACGUUCGCUGGGGAAGAACCACAUGUCCUAGCGGCGCUCAUGUAGUUUAUAAAGGUAAGAGAAUGGUCAUCCAAAUAGUAAGGGUUAUUGCACUCUACUGGUCAAUGCAAAUAGGUUCUUAAGUUGUGGAUCCGAGAGUGACUAGCGAAUAUUUCUAUAUCGAGUAAUUCUUUCCCAGUAUUAUUACGCUUAUUACAUUCAACGUCUUUGCUGCUCUCUCUUUCCAGACAACUUUAUUCCCUAUUUUUUAAACCAUCAUGAAAAAAGAAUUGUACUAGAUCGUUGUUUACGACCAUUCGGAACGUAAUAUAGAGUUAUUAAUCAAGUUAAUUUUGCUCCUGCCACUAGGUAUAAUGGGCGGAGAAAACUACUAUAACCAGGGUGGUGGGGUGAGUUACCUCUGCCUUCCACACAAUCCAAAAUAUGACAAGUACAAAAAUGGCCAUCAGGCCGCCGGAUACGUGUACGGCACUGAAUAUGAAGUGAGUCAAUACAACGGAGACCCUUUUAAGAGAAAUCUCCAUAAUCAUGAUGCGCCAUGCGUUGUCUGCUUCGUUAAGUCACGUGGCUCAAUGCUGAUGAUGCCCGCGAGGAAUGACUGUCCAUCUGGCUGGACCGAAGAGUAUCACGGGUACCUGAUGACUGCAGCUCGUGGCCAGAGGCAUGCAAGUGACUUCGUCUGUGUUGAUGGGGAUCCGGAGUCUGUUCCUGGUAGCCAUGCUGACAAAAAUGGUGCUUUGCUGUACGCUGUGGAAGGUGUUUGUGGCUCACUCCCGUGUCUUCCUUAUGUCGGCGGUCGAGAGUUGACAUGCGCUGUGUGUACCAAGUGAUGAGGGGCUUACAACAAGCUGCAACGUCAAAAAAAAGGAUAAUUAUAUUUGAUUCGAAAUAUCAUAAUACGCCAUUAAGUUAAAAAAAACGUGAAGGAAAGUCCAUUGUAGCAUAACACUAGCUACAUGUACAAGUAAAAACAAUAAAAAUAAAAGAUAAUCAGUCAGAAAAAACAAUAUGUUACUUUACUGGGAAUCUUUAAGCUCCUAUAUCCUUUUACCUUGUCCGAAAUCAAGGAAGAAAAGCAUUUCAAAAUACUUUGACGCUUAUACGCAGCAAAUAAUAGAUUUUUUUAAGUGGCAAUAAACGCAUGUUCGUCAUUGAAUACACCACAAUUUUUUUUUUAUGCUAUAUUUCGGCUAUUUUGAUUUAACUGUACUGCGAGACUUUGGUGAGGAAAUAGUCAAGUAUCUAUUUAAUUCAACUGGACAUUUUCUUUCCUCUUUCUUGCCGAGACAUUCUUUAGAGAAGUUGAACGUUGAUUGACCGUAAGAUGAUAUUGCACACUUGCGUACGUUAUCUGGUUCACAGGACACCCAAUAUAAUUUUCUAUAUCACCAUUAAUCUUUCGACCUGACAACAGGGAAUUAUUUAGAAUGAGAUUAAGCUGUUGGCAAAGAGACACUGCUCGCGUUUAAAGCUUAAAACAGUAUAAGUUCUUUUUCAGCUUCAAGAUAAUGAACUCAGAGUCGUCUCUAUGAAGAUAACAAAAACUCUAAAUGAAAAUAUGGCUGUCACAUUUGUAAUCGCAAUUGAAGCAAUUACAAUUUAACCCGAUAAAAAUUCGGGGCUAACUUAAACGCGAUUAAAACCCAUGAACUAUAAAGAUCUAUACAUUGGGAGCAGGGCAAUUUGUUGAGUUUAUCUUACACGCGAAAGUUCACAUCAUCGUCACUGCACAACAGAAACUGUCUCGUCAUUAAUAAUGAUAAUAAAGCGAUUUACAAUUAAAUUCGAAAAUGUAUCUAAAAAUUAAAGUCACACACUGUCUGUCUUUUCAUUGGCUAAGAGUCUACAUUUAAAUUUGGAAAUCAGCGCAACCUACAGAUAAGUUAGUCAUCUUGAAAAAGAUAAGAUAAGGAAAUAAACCCCAAAUGGCACUUGAACAACUCUUCAUUAUCAAUUACUACUCCCGUGAUUCUGUGUUUUCGCUCGUGCUCUAUUUUCUCGUAUUUAAAGAAAAUAUUUAGUCCCAGGGCAAAAGUUACAACAUUUAAGAACACUUAUCAACCUUUGCCCCCUAAUUCUAUCGCUUCCACAUUCAGAAUCAAGAGCGUAAGGAAAGUAUCUAGAGCUUACAAUACUGCAUGCAUGCUGUUUAGCGGUAGGAAAAAACAGCCCGUUGAAUCACCAUCGGAUGCCGAAUUAUGAUACAUUUCCCCAACGUAGCUUUCUUGUUGGGCUAAGUUUACACCAGAAGAGAUUUCUCCGAAUUCAUAAAUAUUUCCGAAUUUACUAUAUUUAGAGUAUUCGGAUUUGCAGGCGGCUUUUACACACAUCAAUUCAUCUGAUUGAACAUUCGACAAUCGGUUGCAAAAUAUAUUGUAUUCACUUUUGAUUCCGCAUUCAAAAUCUUGGGAUACGCAACCAAACCGGGACUCUUUAUUUUGGAUUCACGCAUCUUCGUGAACGUCAAAACGGAUCCACUACCAAAAUUUCCCCACUUAGAUUCGUCAAGAAUGAGGGCAAAUCUACUCCAGUUUAAACUUAACCCGUUUGUUUGCCGGCGAAAUUGCCGGCUAACGGUAGUCCAUAUUGUACAAGCGCAUUGCACAUGGCUUUUCAGUUUAAAAGUCGCUACUCGAAUUUAAACGAAGGAAUAUGUGCGUUGCGAAAUUGCGGUUUGCUGGUACGUUAAUAUGCAGUUAUAGCAUCAACCAUACAAAUGAGGCAAGGUGGAAAAUGUGGUCAGUGCCGAGCGUAUAGUGUAUCAUUAAAAUGUUGGGUGGAGAGUCUACUACUGUCUACUAGACAAUGAACUUCGUCAAUUUAACAGUGAAUGGUUUGGCUGAAUGAGCGUCCGUGAAAACUUCAAGUUGUAAACCUAUACGUCAUAGGACCUGUUCAUUAAAUCGGCGUCAGUCAAUUGAAUCGUUAUUUAGUAUUAAUAGCAUACUAGACUUUCUAUUCUCAAUGCUGAUGGUAUAUAUAUUAUUAGAGUCAGAAUUACCAAUCAAAUCAGUUUAUUACAAAAAGAUUUCUUCUCGCACUGCAGCUGACCCACUAGAACAAUUCCGAUACAAAUUGAAAGUUUACUCAGGACGGUAUUCUCUUGUAUUCAAUCGCAGAUUUGCAUAUGGUCUAGCAAUUUGGCUUUGUCUACAAAUACGUCAAAUAGAUUUUAAUUAGUUUCUGAACAAACAACAGUUUCUUUUCUUAAGGCAAAAAUGAGAGGCAAAUUUUCAGGACAAACAAGUGAUUUUCAACGUCAGUUUCUGAGUAAGCUGCCUGAACACGCAAGUAACUAAGAAAAACCUCGAGAAGUUUAAGUCGACGGAGUUACUAAAGUAAUAAGUGAAAAUCGCCCUAUUCGUGUGUUUUAUAAUUACACAUUAAGUACAAAGCCAUACUAUACUCAUCUGUGUUUGUUCGCAAUAAAACAACGUCAUGCAUAUGAGUCUUGUGGCGUGAUGUCGUGGCAAACAUAAUGCAAGAUGGCUAUAAUUUCCCUAGGAAAUUAUUUCACUCUAAAAGCCUUCCCUAACUAAGAAUCAGUCAACUGUUUGUACAACCAACCCAUGAAAAGAUAGCGCGGAGAAGAUCGCUGGGAUGCGAUGUGAGAAGCCAGUGAAUUACGAUCGAUCUCUCGCGUUCUCAUGUGUACUGUAGUCGAUGAUUUUCACGUAGUAUUUCUUUCCCUUAGUCAAAUUAUCAUUAGCACGCCUCCAAUUCCUUUGUUUGUUUAAUGCUAGCAUUAGUACAUUAGGUCAAUGCCGGACUCCUGAUAAAUUAGAAGGGGAAAGGGCAGAAACAGUUAGAGUUCCGACACUCACUGCAGAAACAUUAAAUACCUGAGCUAAAUGUUAUGGAUCAGAGCGAGUGAGAUCGCGACCAGGGAUCGCACCCUUCUCUGAGGUUUGUGGCGGAGAGAGAUGAGGGGUCUCAAAAUUUAACCUUAGGCCCGUCGAAUUUCACAUGUGCCUUAUUUGGUCUGAUUCAGCUCCCAUUUUAGUCGACUAAAAUAAUUUUUACAUACGGCAGUUUAUUCAGACUUCGGAUAUAAUGGUGUCGAAUUUAACUGCCGUCCUUUCGUUGUCCAAUAUGGAUAACACUUUCUUACAUAAUGCAUUAUAUUCUGCACAUGUGAAAUGCGUCGUCUUAAUCAAAUGUCGAACCCAAGUCGAAUCUUCGACUGUUUCAGUGGCAGAUUUGGCAAAGUCGUAUUUAAUUUAAAAGUGUCGAAUUCAACUGAUUCAGAUGUCGCAUCUCUUGUGCAGUUUAUUCUCGAAUUAAAUUCGGCAAUUGUGAAAUUCGCGGUUUGAGAAAUCGCAGCUACAGAAGUUAAAAACAGCGGCAGUAAACUUUGAAUUGAAUUCAUCAAGAAAGUUUAAUCGUGUGGCAGUCGCUUAACAUGAAAAGCAAAAUCUUUGCGCCUGCUAAGAACAGCUAAAGAACAUUGAAUUCAGACGGUAUAAAAAAAAAUUACCUCAGUACAUUUCAUCCGGUUCCACUCCAGAUGUAAUGGCCAGAAUAAUACGUUGCAUUAGGAGUUCAGAAGGCUUUUUUUCCCUCUCUGUUUCAAUUAGUUAGUCAAUUGUAGUCUGAGCACUCUCGACGUGUAUUGAAUGAUGGUCAGUGUUAUUGAUACUAUAAGUUAGAAUUAUAAAUAAAUUAUUCACACAAUUAGAUGUUAUUUGAAAACCCGUAUCAUGAUGUGAAAAAACCUACGGAUUCAAAAUUCCCAGGCUAACAAUACUGGGCUGAUACUAACAACCAUAAAUGCCACUCUUAGUUUUUAAGGGAACAAUUUUGCUUGCGCAUUCUGCCUAAAAUAAUUCGGGUUCUAUAUUAUACACGCAACUUUAGCGAUAAUCCAUAAUAAAAAUGUACAAAUAUCAAGCAAUAAUAAUCUGUCGCAAUAUUUAGUAAGCGCUUUUAAGGUGGCUAUUAAGAAGACGAAAUUAUAAAAUCUGAAAUGCUGAAAAAUACGAAAUUAUUCAUUGAUUCUAACACAGAACUUUUUCACGACCUUGUUCGUUGAUCAUUAUUAUAAGGGUUUCGUGGAAUCCAGGGCCGGUUACUUCAGUACCACGGGAAAAGCGGAAAUUCCGGAUGGAUAAUCAAACCUCGGUUCGCGCUAUUCCAUAUUUGUUAAGCUUCAGAAAACAUGGGCUGCUAUUUGUAUGAGCGAUGCAAUUUUUCCACUCUUUUUAGUCUGCAAAGCUGAUUUGGAUAUACUUUGUAGCGGGUCGUUUUCCAACCACGUCAAAUUUUAUAGUUUUGUGUAUAGUUUUGUGUUUAUGAAAAAGAUUCCCACCCGGGUGGUUUGUGUAAAUGGCAAGCACCCCUGUUAUUCAAAAACUUACUUCCGGUUAAAGUAGUACUACGUCAGAGACGCGAAAAAAUUCUCGCUUAUUUUUCUGCGUAUCAUAAUCCAGUGAUAUCAACAAAGCAUUAACAAAUUUCUUGUGGUGGAUAGAAAGAGAUAUCUUUCUUUUUCUCUUGGAUUUAACUGAUUUCAAAAGUUCAAGUUCGGAAAGCGCUACUCGAUCGGCAAUGAAAUUAUCGCCAAUCGUGUUACAUCGGACCGGACUGCGCUUGAUGGUUGUGUCGGUGAUGUUCUGUGUCAUCCUUGUUCAAUUGACUUCUGCUAAGAGUCAGUCGUUGCUGUACCGAGGACCGAGAGCAGCCAAGAAAAAUGCCAACUCUGUCGGCGGUGACUUUGAAAGAAGACUGAACGCCAUGGAAAAAAGGUAAGCUUUCAAAUGAAUAUCCUUUGUUGAAUCGAAUUCAGAACUUUUUUUUCCCGUCGAUAAAUUUCUCUAGAGGAGUCUAAACCAAUGACAAGGUUUAACACAUUUGUAGACGAGGACCACUUAAGUCUAGCUUCAAUGUAAAACGGUCACGCAUCUUACUCUAAGGUGCAAUUUGUUCUUGACUGACUGUAAACUUAACAAGUGACUCUAUUCAAAAAACUACGUUUCGAGAUUAGUUUUCUGGUUGACUGUUGUUGAAAAUCUUCGGGCGUUGAUUGUAGGAAAAUCAACCUUUGAUCACUGUUGUCUCUUUGAUUUUCUCCACUGAAGGCACAACACCAGCACAAGCUUGACAAAUAAGCGAUUGGAAGAGAUAGAAAAAGGUUUGUGAUGUUAUACAAAUUGAAAAGUAGUCCUGAAGUUUAAUUCAGAUCCAUCCAGUUCUUCCUCUAUAAGUACUUUCUGCAUUACUUGAAUGAACUACUUCCUUUCAAAAUAAAGAAUGAUGGUCGAUUUUUAAGCUCGGUGGAGAAAUUUUCCUUUCUGCCUUUUUGCCAAUUUUUAUCCAGAUUUUAAUGGGAGUAGAAAACAAUUUUAAAUAACCGUUUUGAUUUGAAAAACUACAGUAUUCUGAGAAUUAAAUAUUACUUAAUGUACCGAAAGCAUGUCCAGAGUCCAGUGUGAUGAAAAAACAAAUACGGCAGGAAGAGAAGAAUGAAGAUUUCACGCGAACUCACUCUCUUCUUCAAAAGCUCAUCAUUGUUGAAAUUUUUACAUGUAACGUGCAACCACUCAACAAUUAAUGACAACGUUAACCCUGCCCUGCAAUAAAAAUACCGUUUGUUACUGUCGUUUGUGUCUCUUUUCAAUUGUUUAGAGCACCACAACACCGAAAUCUGCCAUUUAGGCAUGUGGAUAAAUAAAAAUCAUUAUGAAGUUUUGAACCUUCUUUAGCGUGAUCCGUCUGUAGACAAGAUUUCACCCUUUACGAGUAUGAAGAGUUUUGAUCGUUUUCAUUUUAAUUGCGUACUUCAAGGAGGGCUUUAUUUUUGAGGUCUACAAGAUAGAACAGCUGAACAGAACAGCAGAGAGUUCUAUUGAGAUUAUAUAUAGCUAUAAUGCAAAUUUCUAUACCGCGCGCUCUCAUUGCAUGAUAUAUAAGCUGCAAGGUAUAAAGCUGUAAAAAAAUUGCCUACUAUACAAGCUUAUAAGGAAUCCAUUCUAAGAGUGUAACUGUCAGGUUUAUCAGCCAUGUUAUCUUUUCGUAGACUUGAUCUGCUGUUGCGUAUACCAUCUCGAUCAGGGGACUCGUAUGCGUCGCUACUGGUCUACUUAUUAGGUUGGUAAAGGAACUUGAUUUAAAAGGAUGAAUACACUUACUAUAGGUGACUGAAAAAGCUAUAUUUUCUAGCUUGAAGCCCAGAUAAAUAAGCAGUUGUGGGAAAUAAAAGAUUUUACUCUUCCUACAAGAGCAGAAAAAUAUCAUCCUUUUUCUUAAGCGGUUUUAAUCCUCUGUUUAACUAAUCAAAAAAUAUUCUGUAAAAGUACCUGAAUUUGAUAGUGGGCGAUUACUGGUCCACAUUUUCUCUCUUGAUUCGGUUUCUUUGAUGAUGUUGGUAUAUUGAAGAUGAGGUUUUUAAAAACGCUUGGAAAAAUGUCUUACUCGGUGUUAUUGCUUUGUGUUUCUGAUUUCACAAACUAGACAGUUAAGUUAAUCCAGACGAAAGAAAAAAAGUGUACUAAGGAAGGGUAACCGCGUACUGCUUUUCUCGGUUCCUGUUUCCAGUAAUCAGCAACGUGACUUUGUUACAAACAAGUAAAAACAGUAGUUUCACGAAGGUUAAAAAAACUGAGAUAUUUAUAACUAAGUAGUAUUGUUUUAGAUAUUAUAAGUAACCAAGAAUUAGCGGCUGUGAGUGGGUUAACCUAUCAAUUAAGGCUGUGUGCUUGGCGUUCAUCCGUUCUUGGUGUAUUUCAGGCCAGCAUGGUCAAAGUACCCUGGGAAAGGUGCGCGUUGGACAAGCUGGUCCCCCUGGGCCUCCUGGGACACCUGGGCCAGCUGGACUAACCGGGAAAACUGGAGCUACUGGACCAUCAGGACCUAAAGGUAAAAUUAUCUGUUGUUUCUUUCUUGGUGUUACAAACGGGUUAAUCACCAAAUGACGUAAUUCAUGCAAAAGAUUGAAAAGACGCUAAAUAAUACCCACACCAAAACACAAGAGCGAAAAGCAAUAGUUUUCGAGCUGGCUCCACGGCACCUAACUGAGAAAUUAAAAGCGCUCGUAUCUAAUCGGCGGAAAUUAAAUUUUCUGGCAAUGAAAUACCCAAUAACGUUGUUGAGUGCUCAGCAUGAGGUUAUUCUUCACAGGGGACGCGGGAAAACCUGGAAUCAACAAGCCAUUCCCAGGCCCUCCUGGUCCUAAAGGAGACCAGGGAGUAGUUGGGAAGACUGGAGUCCAGGGACCACAAGGUGCAAAAGGAGAAAAGGGACAGGAUGGAUCUGGUACAUCAGGGGUGAAGUACAUUCGCUGGGGAAGAACCACAUGUCCUAGUGGCGCUCAGGUAGUUUAUAAAGGUAAGAGAAUGGUCAUCCAAAUAGUAAGGGUUAUUGUACUCUACUGGUCAAUGCAAAUAGGUUCUUAAGAUGUAGAGUGAUUAGCGAAUAUUUCUAUAUCGAGUAAUUCUUUUCCAGUAUUAUUAAGCUUAUUACAUUUAACGUCUUUUCUGCUCUCUGUUUCCAGACAACUUUAUUCCCUAUCUUUUAAACCAUCAUGAAAAAAGAAUUGCACUAGAUCGUUUUUACGGCCAUUCGGGAUGUAAUAUCGAGUUAUUAAUAGAGUUAAUUUUGCUCCUGGCACCAGGUAUAAUGGGUGGAGAGAACUACAAUUACCCUGGUGGUGGGGCGAAUUACCUCUGCCUUCCACACAAUCCAAAAUAUGACAAGUACAAAAAUGGCCAUCAGUAUGCCGGAUACGUGUACGGCACUGAAUAUCAAGUGAGUCAAUACAACGGAGACCCUUUUAAGAGAAAUCUCCAUGAUCAUGAUGCGCCAUGCGUUGUCUGCUUCGUCAAGUCACGUGGUUCAAUGCUGAUGAUGCCCGCAAGGAAUGACUGUCCAUCUGGCUGGACCGAGGAGUAUCAUGGGUACCUAAUGACUGCAUAUCAUGGCCACAAGCAUUCAAGUGACUUCGCCUGUGUUGAUGGGGAUCCGCAGUAUGUUUCUGGUAGCCACGCCAACAAAGAUGGUGCUUUGCUGUACGCUGUGGAAGGUGUUUGUGGCUCACUUCCGUGUCUUCCUUAUGUCAGCGGUCGAGAGUUGACAUGCGCUGUGUGUACCAAGUGA